AAGGUUUAUCAAAAGAAUCCCUGAGAGUAGCCUUUGACCAUCACUCCUGAAACAUUUGUUUUACUGCACUAAACUUUUGAGGCCUAAACUACAAGAAAGAGUGCACUCUAUAAAAUAACAUCGAACAUCAGGUUGGGCAAAUAAACUAUGCCAGUCCUGGAAUUUACUCUAAGUUAACUUGUUUGUAUGAGCAGAUGGAAUCCAAUAUGGACUGCUCACCAAGCCUCAAGAUCGAGUUAGAGGUUCCAUCAGCAGAAGCUAUGGAUGAAAGUUCAAAUGUCUCUUGUGGUUAUAAACUUCGGCCCUCAGAAAGUAUUGCAUCACUUGUUUCAUCAUGUACAACAACAAAAAGUGAAUUAACCACCAAAAAUUAUCUAGUUGGCAGUAUAGCUGGAGGGGCUGGCUCAUUAUUGGGGACUAAGGAGCUUAACAAAAUGAUUCCAGGAGGUAGCAUUGAGAUUCAAGUUGUCACCUGGAAUAUGUCGUCAGCGAAGCCUCAAUAUUAUCCUGAAGACUUGGGGGAUCUCUUCUUCAGUGGAACUUCCCAAGAGUCUGCAAGCAUUUAUGCUGUAUGUAUACAAGAAUGUUCAUCCGAUAAAAAUGAACUCCUUAUUCGGUUACAAGCAGCCAUUGGAAUUAAACAUGUUCUGUUUACCUAUGCAACUCAUGGAACAUUAGCGUUAAUGAUAUUUCUAAACCGUGACCUAAUAUGGUAUACAUCAGUGCCUCAGUCAGUUGGAGUAACAACUACGGCUGCUGUAAGAACUAAAGGGGCGGUAGCUAUCUGUUUUAUACUUUUUGGGACAUCAAUCUUAUUCCUUUCAGCUCAUUUCAAAGCUAGCCAUACAAAUUUUGAACGGAGAGUUCAAGACUACUUACAAGUAGUAGAUAGUAUAAAUUUGCCAAAAGUUGGUUUCAACAAAGGAUAUAAAUAUAAUGAACCCAAUCCAAUGGAUCGAUUUGAUGUUGUAUUUUGGGCGGGGGAUUUAAAUUUUCGAAUACAAAGACCAAGAAAUAUUGUUGAAAAUAUUAUCAAAGGAAAAUAUAAGCAUAAAAACUAUGAAGAACUUUUAUCAGCUGAUGAAUUAUUGAAUGCCCAAGCAGAAGGCAUCAUUUUCCGUAAUUUCGAUGAAGGUCGUAUUCGUUUCCCUCCAACAUACAAGUAUGAUAUUAAUUCUGAUGUUUACGAUUCAUCAGAUAAGCAAAGAGUUCCGUCAUAUACAGACAGAAUAUUGUUUAUGUCGAAGAGAAAGGAAAGUUUAAUUUGUCUCGAGUAUAACUGUAUUAACACUAUACGUUCAUCAGAUCACAGACCUGUGUUUGCCUUGUUCAGUCUUAUUUUAAAACCUGGAUCUGAUAACAUUGCGUUAGCAGCUGGUGCAUUCAAUCGAGCUAUAUACAUAGCAGGUAAUCAACGUCGAGCUCUACGGCUUGAUAAACUUAAAACUAAAAAAGCUGCUGUUCAUGCUAAAGUCUGCAGUAUUCAAUAAUCACUUUCAUCGAUUCAAGUAUUAUCUUCAGUGUAUAUAUCUAUAUCAUCUAUUGAUUGAAAACUGAUUAUUCUUCUACUUGCGUGAAUAUUUCUCUUCGAAAUACAUAAAAAUUUAUGAUUC